GAGAACUUAUCAUUUAAGGUCAUAUAAUUGUGAAUGUAACUGGAAAAUAUAUUUAAUAACUGCAAAACAAAAUUAACGUGAAGUCAAAUCGUGCUCCUAACUCCUUCGAUACGUUCAAUCAUGUCUGUGUUCGUUUGCGAAUUUCUUUUUAAGCUAUUUAUUGCCUAUCUUUGCUUUCUCAAUCUGGCCAACAUAACGGCGAAGCGACCCUUUACACUAACCACACAGUAUAAGACGUUUUUGGGCAUACCGUAUGCGGCACACCAGGUUCUGGAGAUCCAUGACCGGGAAUAUCAAUAUACGCUGCCAGCAAUAGCAGCUGCAUUGGCCUGCAUGGGCUGUGAUACUCUACACUCGCUGUGCCUUCUAUUUGUAUCUGAACAGUUCCAUCACCGCUUGUGGAAAUUGAUGAUUAAGCUCUUCUGGUUGUCGAAGAGUCUUUGGUUACUUUUGUACGUGGCUGGGUUCGUUUCAAUUCUGCGUUCACAUCAUCAGCUUUACUUGAUCACUCAAGGACUGCGUCUGGAGAAUGCUGAGGAUAUGCUUAUUAGCUUUAAGUGCCAAUUCGUUUGGCAAACAAUUGUAUUUAUAUUCGCAAUUAUAUGCUGGAUGGAAGAGGACACUCUAAGCAAGAACUAUUACAAGCUGUUAGUGUAUGAGCGUGAUUAUCACAUCUGAAAUUUUAUCACUUGGAGCUACGCAUCAGGUGGAGUCCCGUUGGAAGUGUCUUCCAGCAACAGAAUUUUAAAGUAUGAAAACGUGGUCUAGCUCAGCAUUAGUCGUUGUGCCGUAUUUCCGAAUAUGAACCUGUAACUGUUUUUUUUUAUUCCAGACGGUCUUUUAUACAUAUUUAAACAACAAAGGCGCAAUUGCGGUGACAAUUCACCUGCCAUUCAACAGUUCAUCAAUUAUGCAGCCUUUUACAUAUACAA